AUGAAAUACUGGAACUCAAAUCUACAGACACUCGAGGGGCAUUCUGAUCGGGUCCGGUCUGUAGCCUUCUCCUCGGACGGCCAAACGGUGGCCUCUGGCUCGCAUGAUAAGACGGUCCGGUCUGUGGCCUUCUCCCCGGACGGCGAAACGGUGGCCUCUGGCUCGCAUGAUAAGACGGUCAAGCUGUGGGAUGCUCAGACGGGCAAGGAGCUACAGACCCUCGAAGGGCAUUCCAGACCCGUCGAGUCCGUGGCCUUCUCCCCGGACGGCGAAACGGUGGCCUCUGGCUCGCAUGAUAAGACGAUCAAGCUCUGGGAUGCUCAGACGGGCAAGGAGCUACAGACCCUUGAGGGGCACUCUCAAUGGGUCUUGUCUGUGGCCUUCUCUCCAGACGGCCAAACGGUGGCCUCUGGCUCGGAGGAUACUACAAUCAAGCUGUGGGAUGCUCAGACGGGCAAAGAGCUACAAACCCUCAAGGGGCACUCUGAUUGGGUCCGGUCUGUGGCCUUCUCCCCGGACGGCCAAACGGUGGCAUCUGGCUCGGAGGAUAGUACGAUCAAGCUGUGGGAUGCUCAUACGGGCAAGGAGCUACAGACCCUCGAGGGGCAUUCCAGACCCGUCGAGUCCGUGGCCUUCUCCCCGGAUGGCCAAACGGUGGCCUCUGGCUCGGAGGAUAGUACGAUCAAGCUGUGGGAUGCUCAGACGGGUAAGGAGCUACAGACUCUCGAAGGGCAUUCCAGACCCGUCGAGUCCACGAUCAAACUAUGGGAUGCUCAGACGGGCAAGGAGCUACAGACCCUCGAGGGGCAUUCCAGUUCCGUCGAGUCUGUGGCCUUCUCCCCGGAUGGCCAAACGGUCGCCUCUGGCUCGCGUGAUAAGACGAUCAAGCUGUGGGAUGCUCACACGGGUAAGGAGCUACAGACUCUCGAGGGGCACUCUGAUUGGGUCUGGUCUGUGGCAUUCUCCCCGGACGGCGAAACGGUGGCCUCUGGCUCGGCUGAUGAGACGAUCAAGCUGUGGGAUGCUCAGACGGGCAAGGAGCUACAGACAUUCGAGGGGCAUUGUGGUUCUGUCGCGUUCAUCUUCGGCCAACUUCCAAACCAGACUAGCCCUUAUGCCUCCAUCGCAAAUGGCUGGAUUACCUUUGCAAACAAAAAUACGAUAUGGCUUCCUGCUGAGUAUCGAACUAUGAGCUGCUUAGCUAUACAACAUAACAGGCUGGCUCUGGGUUACUCUACGGGGACAGUUAUAAUCAUAGGUUUUCGCCAUGAUUAG